AUGUGCCAUCGAUUCUCCCAUUUUACGCAGCAGGAAACCUUCUUGGCUCCAGAGCAGCGUGACGACGAGGAUCAUUCUGGCAGGCUGACACAAGUCAAGAAGUUCAUCCGCGAGCGGAUGAAAGCCACGAUGCAGAAGGUGCAGUACCUCCAGAUGUCCGUGAACGGGGUGAAGAAAGAGAUGGAUUGUCAAAAAGAGCUGCUGCAGCGGAUCAGCACGCAGGUGGGUUGUCUACCGCCGCCUGCUGAAGACAUACCCAUCCCGAUCUUCUCGAAG